AAAUUUUUUUUACACAAAUUUAUUUACAUGUAUUCUGAUAUCUUUCAUAUAGAUCAUUAACACGGUUACUUAUAACAGAUUUAAUAUUUUCUAUAAAUAAAUUUAAUUAUUGAUGUAGAUUAUAUAUGAACGAAAUAAAAUAAUGAACGAACAAGAGGAACUUAUCGUUUGUGUGCCGGGUCAAAGAUUAUGUGUAUCUGACAAAGUUAAUAUAGCCGGACCUGGAACAUACGAGCAGCAAGGGUAUAUUUAUUCAAAGCUUGCUGGCAUUGUAAAAUUAAUAACAAAUGAAAAACAGACUCGUACAAUAGAGGUACAGGGUAUAACAGAACAAAGUAUCGUUCCUGCACCGGGGGAUAUUGUGACAGCUAUAGUUACAUUAGUUAAUCAGAGAUUUUGUAAGUGUAGCAUCAAGUGUGUAGGUGAUAUAGUAUUGACGAGACCUUACAGAGGGAUAUUAAGAAAAGAAGAUGUUCGAGCAAUUGACAAAGAUAGAUUAGAAAUGUACAAAUGCUAUCGACCUGGGGAUAUUAUUCUUGCAAGAGUUAUGCCUAUGACAGAAGCACAUACUUAUCAAUUGAGUACUGCGGAAAAUGAGCUAGGAGUUGUAAUAGCACAUAGUGAAGAAGGUGUAGCUAUGGUACCAAUCAACUGGACACAAAUGCAAUGUCCAAAAUCUUUGUGCAAGGAAUUCCGAAAAGUAGCUAAGGUUGUGCCAGAACAUGUUGCGGCAGAGCAUAUUGAACAAUGAGAGACGUAUAAGUAAUACAUGACUUAUAAAGUACAUUUUUAACUAUUAAAUAAUUUAAAUGUAAAAAAUUUAUAUAACUAGACAUUAUAAUAUCAAACUUCUCUCUCCCAUGUUGAUGCUGCUGAAAAUAAUGGAUUGAU